AUUGCGGUUGACUAUGUGGCUUUAAGAGCGCUUCUAAGCCUCUCUCUUAUUGGACAGCAAGGAUGAUGCUGUGCACCAAUAGCAGGCAUAACUGUACAAAGAGAUCUACUCCCUGUCUCCACGCAGCCCCUGCACGAUAGAGGUACAAUUAGGUGCUGGGGCAGAGAGCGAUGCGCGCAUAUGGACGUAUACAAAUAUUAGUUUUGAGUGAUCGCUUUUUGUCAAGAACGAAUGUGUUGUGAUGUGAAUCGUGCAGUAUGUCACAAUGGCACGGAAACAAUGUUGAAUUCGGCGAUUACAUUUCUCUUGAUGGGAUAUCACAUAUUUUAGCGCAACAUGACAAAGAGAACGAGGUACCGGGACUGGAGAUGGCAGGCUCUUUGGUGGCAUCAUUUCUUUCUCUUGUGGAAUACAAUAGACGGACAGACUCGCUACACCAUCCCCGAGGAACUAAAGCAGGGCUCCGUGGUCGGACAUUUAGCCAAAGAUCUGGGUUUGGGAUUAUCAGAGAUUUUCGACCGUAAACUGCGCGUCGCCUCGGAGGCUGGUAAGCAGUACUUCAGCGUGGACACGGGGAAGGGCGAGCUGGUGGUGAACGAGAGGAUAGACAGAGAGGAAUUAUGUGGACAACGGGCCAGCUGUGUUUUACCUCUUCAGGCCGUUUUGGAAAGUCCUUUACAGCUGCAUCGCAUUGAGGUGGAGAUUCGCGAUAUUAAUGACAAUGCACCAAUAUUUCCUUCAAAUCAUUUGUAUUUGAAAAUAGCAGAAUCCGCAGCAGUUGGCACACGUCUCCUGUUGGAGAGCGCUUUGGAUCCUGAUGUGGGAAGCAAUUCACUGAAAUCCUACACUUUAGGAAAAAAUGAGUGUUUCUCACUCAAGCUAAAAGAGAUCGAGGGCGGUAAGACUGUUCCAGAACUGUUUUUGGAGAAGCUUCUCGAUCGAGAGCAAAAAGCCGUCCAUAAUAUAUUAUUAACGGCGUUAGAUGGAGGAAACCCUGUCCGAUCGGGAAUCUCUGAAAUAACUAUAAGUGUUCUUGACAUAAAUGAUAACAUUCCCGUUUUUGAAAAAAAUGUAUACAGAGUAACGUUACCUGAGAAUAGUGCAAAAGGUACCGUUAUCAUUCAACCCAAAGCCACCGAUAUGGAUGAAGGUUUAAAUGGAGAAAUUGAGUUCUCCUUUGAAUCUCGGACCCCAGAUACAGUUUUAAAUAUAUUUGACAUUAAUUCUUUGACGGGUGAAAUUAUUCUAAAAGGUGAUUUGGACUAUGAGACAAAUGCAUUAUAUGGCAUUGACAUUACCGCAAAAGACAAAGGAACUCCUGAAAUGGAGGGUCACUGUCGCGUGCAGGUAGACGUGAUUGACGUCAACGACAACGCUCCGGAAAUUGUUCUUAAUUCUCCGCCGAGCCCCGUGCGGGAGAACGCUCCAAACGGCAUCGUAGUGGCUCUGAUCAGUGCGCGGGACCUGGAUUCAGGGGAUAACGGAAAAGUCUCUUUACAGCUCCCUAAAAGCUCUCCUUUUAGUCUCACUCCGUCAUUUUCUAACAACUAUGCACUUGUAACUCGUGGUGCUUUAGACAGAGAGAAUUUCUCAGUUUAUAACAUAGAAAUAACGGCCACUGAUGAAGGUUCCCCUCCUCUUAAGAGUACAAAGACGAUACCAGUAAGCAUCACUGAUGUAAAUGACAACACCCCUAUAUUCUCUCAGCCAUCUUAUACAGUGUAUAUCAAAGAGAAUGGCAUUGCAGGCUCUAUACUGUAUUCGGUGUCAGCCUCUGACUUGGAUUUAGGAGACAACGCAAAGCUGUCCUACUCCAUCCUGGACUCUAAAGUGCAGGACGUGUCUGUGUCCUCCUACGUCUACAUCAACUCGGAGAACGGCAGCAUCUACAGCAUGCACUCCUUUGACUAUGAGAAACUGAAGGUGUUUCAGAUUAAGGUGCAGGCAAAGGACCACGGUUCUCCGUCUCUGAGCAGCAACGCUACUGUUCAUGUUUUUAUUCUGGACCAGAACGAUAACGCCCCCUCUGUUAUCUACCCCUCCCCCGCUGUCCACGGCUCCCUCUCUCAACAGAGGACGUCCCGCUCCUCCAAAGCAGGCCACUUGGUUACCAAGGUAACAGCUGUAGAUGCCGACUCGGGGCAUAACGCCUGGAUCUCCUAUAGACUGGCAGAGGCCACAGACGCCUCUCUGUUCGCUGUCAACCUUUACACAGGGGAGGUGAGGACUAAACGGGCUGUGUCUGAGCAGGACGACUCCUCUCAGAGACUGCUCAUAGAGAUUAAGGACGACGGGGAUCCGGUUCGGUCCACCACCGUCACCGUGUCCGUCCUGUUAGAGGACGGUCUCCACGAGCCCAUUCUGGACCUCAGACACAAGACGGACGAUUCUCACAAGAAAACGGGGAGAAUGGCUCUGUAUCUGAUCCUCUCCCUGGCCUCAGUGUCUGUGCUCUCUCUGGUGACUUUCCUCAUUCUAGCUGUUAAGUGUCUUAAGAGCAGCAGAAGCAGUGGUAGCUGCUGCAUGAGACGGAGCGACAGUGAGGACUACAAGAACCCAAACAGAAACCUCCAACUCCAGCUCAACACUGACGGGCCUAUUAAGUACGUGGAGGUCCUGGGAGGAGACAUGAUGUCUCAGAGUCAGUCCUUCAGGUCCUGUCUCUCUCCCACGUCAGAGUACAGUGACUUCACCUUCGUUAAACCCAGCAGCACCACAGACUUUAAAGACAUGAUCAACGUCUUAGACGCCUCUUUACCUGACAGCACCUGGACCUUUGAGAGCCAGCAGGUGAGCAUCAAACCAGGGCAGUACACCACCUACUGAAAAUGAAAUGCAUAUGUUCUAAAGCAUUUACUCCACAGUAUUUCUUUGACAAAGCCUAGUACAAAUAAUUUCUA